UGUGUUUACUUCCUCACCGUCCGUGUGUUUGAACAACCAGCCAACUUCGAUACCAUCGACAUCAGUCGCGUGUCAAAACUUGCAAUCCCGCGGCCGUUGCGAGACUUCAGCCAUUCCUAGCGUCAUCGUUAUUCACGUCGCUCCAUCCUUAAGUCCGUGCGGCGUGUUGGGGUUGGUCUUGUGGACUGUCUGCACUUCUUAUAAUCGUUGCCCGCCAGCCCUUCCGGCAUGCUGCGCAUAGCAUCAGACACGGUCGCCAUGGCCAAGCGUGCACUCAAGACGACCGACGGGUCCGAGAAGACCAAAGCUGCUAUCGUCGUAGGCAGUGUUGGUGCCGCUCUCCUCUUCGGUAUCAUCCUUUUCUUCGUUCUACGGAGUAUCCGACUACCCAAGGCCAUUCGACAAGCCCAGGCCGACGCUCGCGCUCGUAACCGUGCUCAAAAUCCACGCCGAUCAUGGAUACAGACCAUCUUGUCGCCCUUCCGUCGUAAUGAAAGCCAGCCUACCACUGCUGCUGCCAGAGAGAUGACCCAGGACCCCGAAGCUGCUGUCAACAGGCAUACGAGUAUUCGUAGUAUCGCCACUCUUCCCGCAUAUUCCGCCGUACCACUUGAAAACGAGGGUGUUCUUGGUCGCGAAGGCGAAAGAGCUGGCAUGGAUACCGUCGUUGAGUUUCCAGAGACGAACGAAGAGGAGGAAGGCAGGCGAGAAGCCGAGAUGGAGUCACUGUGGCAGAUCCGUCAGGCACGCAGACAGGAGGCUGCUGAGAGAGAAGACCGUCGUCGCCGUCGUCGCGAAGCACGCGCCCGAGGUGAUCUGGACGCCUUGAACGCUCUGCGACACGAGACCGCCCUCCGAGUUACUCUGGAACGUGCCAACGGUUCAAACUCAAUGGUUGCUGAGCACAACGCCAGACCCCGAGAGAGACGAAUUAGUGCUGUCUCUUACGGUGACCUUGGUGUUGCCCGUCACGACGGUUCUCGUGUACGAGCAAACUCUACAGAGUCGGACAGCAGGCCUCUGCUCAAUGAUGCAUCCAACACAGGCACUGCUGCUCCUCUUAGGCCCUGGCUGUCACGCGGCUCUUUCUCCACCCAUCAUCGCAUGGCAUCUGCCACCUCCGUCCUCACCACCGAUAGCGCCGACCCAGAUGACAGUGACUUUGAAGUCAUUUCUCUUCAGCAUACCUCCUCUCGUCCACGCUCUUCGCGCGCUCAUUCUCGGGCCCAUUCAAUCAACUUGAGUCUUCGAAGAACCUCGACCUCUCAGCUCCCUCAGCUUCCUCGAGCUGAUGCUGAUCUGGGCGAGAGUCGUAUACCCCUUCCUGAGCUGCCGCAUUACGACACUAUGGGCUUUGAAGAAGCCCCUCCUUACGAGGAGAUCCAUUCGUCGAGACCUUCACUUUCAAGGGCAAACAGUACUCGUCGAAGUGAGAACAGCAGCCCGCUGACCACUCUGCCCGAAAUUGUCCGUCUCCCGAGCAUUCGCAUCAAUGAGGCAUCACCAACCGAGUCUCCUCGCCAAUUCAACUUCCCAGCCAACAGACCAACGACCGCCUCGACCAUUGAUGAAGAAACGACUUAACCACCAUAUAUCACGACCUCUCCUCCUCAUGCUUUUUCUGUUUUGGUUUUCCGUUUCGACAUGACUUGCAUGAAUCUUUUCUAUCUGGGUAUUAUGUAGAGACUGUCGAAGAAUUGCAUUCAUCUCAUUCACUAGCGCCGGCGUUAGGUGAAUUUAGGCAUACUUUCAAAAGUUGAUACCAAGGCAUAAAUCACUACCACUUCUUUCUCUCUUCUCCGACCUCGCACUGUGAAGAUCUACUCUUUGCCCUCAUCUUAAUUGCCUUUACCGCGUGUGCAUGUGGUUUGAAUGUGAUUAUCAACCCUAAUGAAGAGUAUAUAUGGUCUGUGCCCUUACCACGUGUUUGGAUGCCUCGACGAGACUUGACUACUCGCUCGCGACUUCACUAUUCCACCC